UGCGCUCAGUCUGUGUUAAAAUCUUCCGGCUGAGAGGGCUGAAAAUUUUGAUGUACGACUGGGUUAUCAUUUAAAGUCACCUAACAAAAUUUUCGAGUGUUUAUAAAUAGUUGGAUAUUGUACGAAAAAUAAACGCGUAAUUAUGGCAGCGAGAUUAAUGAACGCACAGGCACAGGUGUGCAAACUGGGCAAACAUGUUGUGGAUCCCAUGGCCCGUCAAUUUCAUGCUUCCUGCUAUACCGCCUCCAAGGUGGCACUGUCGAAAUUCGACUCGGACGUCUAUCUGCCCUACGAUAAGCUGACCAAGCGCCUGGAUGUGGUGCGCAGUCGUCUGAAUCGCCCGUUGACCUUGUCCGAAAAGGUGCUCUAUUCGCAUUUGGAUGAUCCAGCGAAUCAGGAUAUUGAGCGCGGCACAUCGUAUCUGCGUCUGCGUCCCGAUCGUGUCGCCAUGCAGGAUGCCACCGCACAGAUGGCCCUGCUGCAGUUCAUCUCCUCCGGCCUGAAGAAGGUUGCGGUGCCCUCGACCGUGCACUGCGAUCACUUGAUUGAGGCGCAAAUCGGUGGUGUCAAGGAUUUGGCCCGUGCCAAGGAUCUGAAUCGUGAGGUUUAUGACUUCCUGGCAACGACCUGCGCCAAAUAUGGCCUGGGCUUCUGGAAGCCAGGCAGCGGCAUCAUCCAUCAGAUCAUCUUGGAGAACUACGCCUUCCCCGGUCUGCUGAUGAUCGGCACGGACUCGCACACGCCCAAUGGCGGCGGUCUUGGUGGUCUGUGCAUUGGUGUCGGCGGUGCUGAUGCUGUCGAUGUCAUGGCUGAUAUACCCUGGGAGCUGAAGUGCCCCAAGGUGAUUGGUGUCAAUUUGACGGGCAAAAUUACUGGCUGGACCUCGCCCAAGGAUGUCAUUCUGAAGGUUGCCGACAUUCUGACUGUCAAGGGCGGCACUGGCGCCAUCAUUGAGUAUCAUGGCGAGGGCGUUGACUCCAUCUCCUGCACAGGCAUGGCCACCAUUUGCAACAUGGGUGCUGAGAUUGGUGCCACCACCUCGUUGUUCCCCUUCAAUCAGCGCAUGGCCGACUAUCUGAAGUCGACUGGCCGCAGCGGCAUCGCCGAUGAGGCCAAGAAGUAUCAGGCCAAGGUGUUGACCGCAGACAAGAACUGCGAGUACGAUGAACUGAUUGAGAUCAACCUAGAUACACUGGAACCGCAUGUGAAUGGUCCAUUCACGCCAGAUCUGGCUCAUCCCAUUAGCAAACUGGGCGAGAACUCCAAGAAGAACGGCUAUCCCAUGGACAUCAAGGUCGGCCUGAUUGGCUCAUGCACGAACUCCUCGUACGAGGAUAUGGGUCGCUGUGCCAGCAUUGCCAAGGAUGCCAUGAGCCAUGGCCUCAAGUCCAAAAUACCAUUCAAUGUGACCCCCGGAUCAGAGCAGAUUCGUGCCACUAUUGAACGCGAUGGCUUCUCCGAGGUGUUCGACAAGUUCGGCGGCACUGUGCUGGCCAAUGCCUGUGGUCCCUGCAUCGGCCAAUGGGAUCGUCAGGAUGUAAAGAAGGGCGACAAGAACACCAUUGUCACCUCGUACAAUCGCAACUUUACCGGUCGCAAUGAUGCCAAUCCGGCGACACAUUGUUUUGUGACUAGCCCCGAGAUGGUCACCGCGUUGUCCAUUGCCGGUCGCUUGGACUUCAAUCCGUUGAAGGAUGAGCUCACUGGCGCCGAUGGCAAGAAAUUCAAGCUGAAGGCACCGUUCGGUGAUGAGCUGCCCUCCAGGGGCUUCGAUCCCGGCCAGGACACCUACACCGCACCACCACCAGUCGGCGAUAGCGUCGCUAUUGCUGUUGAUCCCAAGUCGCAGCGCCUGCAGCUGCUGCAGCCCUUCGACAAGUGGAGCGGCCAGGAUCUGACCGACAUGACCGUUCUGAUCAAGGUCAAGGGCAAGUGCACCACGGAUCACAUCUCUGCCGCCGGCCCCUGGCUCAAGUAUCGCGGCCAUUUGGACAACAUCUCCAACAACUUGUUCAUUGGCGCCACCAACAUUGAGAACAAUGAGAUGAACAAGAUCAAGAACCAGCGCACCGGCAAGUGGGGCAAUGUUCCCGAAGUCGCACGCGACUACAAGGCCAACAACAUUAAGUGGGUGGCCAUCGGUGAUGAUAACUACGGUGAGGGCUCCUCUCGCGAGCAUGCCGCUCUCGAACCACGCCAUUUGGGUGGACGCGCCAUCAUUGUGAAGUCGUUUGCGCGCAUCCACGAGACUAACCUCAAGAAACAGGGCCUCCUGCCGCUGACCUUUGCCAACGCCGCCGACUACGACAAGAUCCAACCCACGAGCAAGAUUUCGCUGCUGAAUCUGAGCAGCUUGGCGCCCGGCAAGCCCGUUGAUUGCGAGAUCAAGAAUGGCGACAAGGUGGAGAGGAUUAAGCUUAACCAUACGCUCAAUGAUCUGCAGAUUGGCUGGUUUAAGGCGGGCAGCGCUCUCAAUCGCAUGAAGGAGUUGGCCCAAUAAGCUACUGACCCCCCUCUCGAGUCGCCUCCCACACAUACACACAGCACACACACACACACUCAAGACACGAACACAUGCAUAUAGAUACUUAUAUACGCCCGACAUGAAACGCAAGCAAUCAAAUUAUGGUAUUCUUUUUUUUCAAUCUAUAUAUCAUAUUUAAUUUUUUCUGGCGAGUUGCUUUUUGCUUUUUUUUAUUCAGUGUCGAAAGUGCUAAUAGUAAAAGUUAUGUAAUCGAAACAUAAA